AUGCUAUUCACUCGCGCAUUCUUCAGUCUCCUCGUCAUCUCUUUCCAAGCCGUUAUGGAGACCACCGCUGCUCCAAGCCCAGGCGGAGGCGUUAUCGGCUCGUUGCUCAGGGACGGCCGUCAGCGUGGACAAAAGUGCAGUAACCGUGACAAGUGUUGUGAAGGAUUGGUCUGUCGAAAUGAGAAAUGCGAGGAACUUACCCCUCAAUGCGUCGCAGUCGGCGAAAAGUGUGGUAGAGAUCGUGGAGAUUGCUGUAAGGGGCUGAAAUGCGACAAGGGUCUGUGUAAAGCCAAGGCUCCUCAGUGCCUUGCGUCGAAUGUCCCAUGCGAUUUGACCAACCCUGGAGCCUGUUGCAGCCAGACCUGUAUCGCAGCGACUGGGUGCUUGUAG